AGGGAAGUAAGAUGGUUCAGCAUAACAGACCGGUGUUGAAAGCUCAGCGCGAGGAACCCGAGGAGGAAGAAGAGGUCGAAAAACCCGCGGAACCGGUCGUUUCGCAGAAGGUGAAGAAGUGGAACCAAUGGCAAAAAUACAAGCAUGAUUUCCAUAAACAGAAGAUGCAAGUAAUUCAGCAGCACGGAAUGGAUAUCAUUGACGACCACAACUGCACUCGUUUUGAGAAUGCAACGUUGGGCGCACGACUGCUGGACUGGUUCCAUGUACUGCGGGCGGAGUAUAUCAAGACUGAAUCCAGAAAAGCUGGUCACCCUGUGGACCAACCUAUCUUCCCUAAAAUGGAUAUCCGUGAAGCUCAUGUGCCUUUCCCAUGCGGCCACUCUCAUCAGGAAUGUCGUGAGCCAAUCAACUUCAUGUUCCACUUCUUGGACAAGGACGGCGAUCACGUGCUGGGACCAGAGGAGCUCGCCGAGGUUAAGGAGAUCCCAAAUGAGAACUGCAUCACUCAAUUCUUCGAAAAAUGCGACGCUACAAAGGAUGGACAAUUCUCUCUUUUGGAAUUCUGCGAAUGCUUCCCAAUUGAGCCCCCAUGUUUGGCCAGACUGAAGGGUGUGCCGACCCUUCUUCAGCGUGGCCGUCCGGUACCCCUGCCCGGACACUUCAUCCCGCACUGUGACUCGGACGGGUUCUACAACCCCACGCAAUGCCACACAAAGCUUGACGAGGAGUACUGCUGGUGCGUGGACCGCAAUGGCGGCAAAAUCGAGGGGUCGUACCAGAAGGGAAUGACCAAGUGCCCUGACAACACCGUUAACGAGCGGGAGGCCGAAGAGCUGUGAAGCAACAGUAAUAUAUGAUAUAAACUUUUUAUAUUUAGAAUUCUAUUUUUAAAUUUUAUUGAGCUACAUUUUCUAGAGAGUAUUUAGCCAUCAUCUUUACAACAAGAUCAUAUAAGAAUUGUUAAAGGUUGCUGUUACUUUCUUUCUUUCUCUUGCUGUUAUUAAGUAAGUUCGUUAACGUUGUUUGUAAAUGGGUUUACAAUAAAAUUACUUGGAGCCCUUUGAAA